AUGGAUAAGACGUGGAUUUCCAAAGAAAGGGAUUCUUUAGAUUAUGAAAUUGGGGUAGAAGAGUUCUUAAUAUAUGCUCAAGAGAAUUCAAAAGAUCCCAAGAGAAUACCCUGCCCAUGUGCACGAUGUGCUAACUUCAAACAGUUUUCUGUAAAUAUUAUAAGGGGACAUAUCUACGAAAAUGGUUUUAGUUUAGGGUAUGUCAAUUGGAUUUGGCACGGGGAAAACGAUAUUGGGACGACUAGGUCAUCCGUUGGUAGUACACCUCUGCCUACUUUAGUUCCGAAUUUUGACACAAACAUUGAUGUUGAUAUAUCGGAAACGGUUAAUGUCUGUGAAGCAACAUAUAAGUCAUAUGAUUACGACAAUGAAUCUUUUGAGUUUAGGAGGUUUGUGGCCGAUGCCCAACAACCAUUGUUUGAGGGCAGUGACUACACCAAACUAGAGUCCAUGCUAAAAUUACAUAACUGGAAAGCUAGAUUUGGAAUUAGCGACACUGCAUUUUCUGAUUUGCUAUCUUCCAUUGGGUCUUUUCUUCCUAAAGAUAACGUGAUGCCUGCUAAUUCAUAUGAAGCAAAAAAAAUUCUGUCCAACUUAGGCCUCGAAUACAUCAAAUUUCAUUCUUGUCCGAAUGAUUGCAUACUAUAUAGGGGUAUAUAUGCUGAUGAAUCUGAGUGUCCUAAGUGUCAUCUAUCUCGGUGGAAGGUGGGAAAAGAUGGUAAAGUUAGGGUAAACAUUCCCGCCAAAGUUAUGUGGUAUUUUCCAAUUAUUCCUAGAUUUAGACGGAUGUUUAAGUCUGCUACUACCGCUGAACUGAUGACUUGGCAUGCAAAUCAGCGACAACAAGAUGGUAAGAUGAGGCAUCCUGCCGACUCUCCUUCUUGGAGGAAUAUAGAUUAUAGGUGGCCUGGUUAUGGUAAUGAACCAAGAAAUUUGCGUUUAGCUCUGGCAGCGGAUGGUAUAAACCCCCACAAUAAUGGUCUAGUCAAUAGGUAUACUUGUUGGCCAGUAGUAUUGGUAAUUUAUAAUCUUCCUCCAUGGUUAUGCAUGAAACGGAAGUUUAUGAUGUUAACAAUAUUAGUCUCUGGUCCACAUGAACCUGGUAAUAACCUUGAUAUUUAUUUACAACCGAUGAUUGAUGAUUUAAAGAAGCUUUGGGAAGAUGGGGAACCAAAUGUAUAUGACGCAUUCAGUAAAUCUUAUUCCACAUUGAAAGCAAUUUUAAUGUGGAUGGUAAAUGACUUCCCUGCUUAUGGAAACUUAUCUGGAUGCGUUAACAAGGGUUAUUUCUGCUGUCCAAUUUGUGGUGAUGAUACGGUUGCUAAAUAUUUGGGUCAUAGUAGGAAAAUGAGCUACCAAGGCCAUCGACGAUAUUUGGGUAAGUUUCAUCCUUAUCGGAGACAAAAGGCAGCUUUUAAUGGUCAACAAGAUUUUUCAGAUGCACGUCCACCCCUUUCUGGACAAGAAGUGUUAGCACAGCAGGAGGCAAUUGAGUUCUCAUUCGGGAAGGAAGUGAAAAAAUCCAAAAAAGUUCCAAGUCCAUGGAAGAAGAAGUCAAUCUUCUUUGAAUUAGAAUAUUGGAAGUUUCACCAUAUUCGUCAUUGUCUCGAUGUUAUGCACAUCGAGAAGAACGUGUGCGAUAAUAUAAUUGGGACAUUACUAAACAUGCGGUUUAAGUCGAAAGAUAGUGUGGCAUCUCGUCUUGAUAUGGUUGACAUGGGUGUUAGGCAUGAUUUAGCUCCACAAGUAGGAGAAAAAAAAACCUACCUCCCCCCUUCUGCUUUUACUUUAUCUAAGGCUGAAAAAAACAAAAUGUUGUCAUCUUUUUUGUUCAUGAAACUUCCAUAUGGCCACGCAUCGAAUAUCAAAAACUGUGUUUCCAUGGAUGACUUGAAGAUGUAUGGUCUGAAGUCACAUGACUGCCAUGUACUCCUCCAACAACUACUACCAGUUGCAAUUCGGUCCAUUCUCCCGAAAAAUGUUAGGGUCACAAUCAUAAGAUUAUGUUUCUUUUUUAACUCUCUCUGCAAUAAAGUUGUAGAUGUCUCAAAACUGGAUAAGUUGCAGGCAGAUGUGAUUUUGACCUUGUGCGAGCUUGAAAAAAUAUUUCAUGCAUCAUUUUUCGAUAUCAUGAUACAUCUUGUAGUUCACCUGGUUCGUGAAUUACGUUUAUGUGGACCGGUAUUUUAUAGAUGGAUGUAUGCUUUUGAACGCUUCAAUAAAGUUUUGAAGAGUUAUGUACGAAAUCGUUACUAUCCGGAAGGUUGUAUAGCAGAAAGGUACCUAGGGGAAGAAUCUGUUGAAUUUUGCAGUGAGUUUGUUAAGCAAAGUUACACUGCUGGGCUUCGGAAGGAUGAAAAGCUCUCUGGUGCACUAUCCGCUGUGACAAUAAAAACAGUGGACGAAAAAGAGCGCGAUCAGGCCCAUCUACAUGUUCUUUUAAAUAAUGCAGAGGUGUAUCCGUAUAUUAUAAUGCAUAAAGAGUAUCUCGAAAAAAUGUAUCAUGGGAAAAAGAAAACAGUUCAUUGGCUAAUGGGAGAGCACAAUCGGCUCUUUGCUGAUUGGUUCGGAAAAAAGGUUAGUGAUGAAAUCAGGGUGAAUGGUGAGGUUUCAGAAACGAUAAGAUGGCUUGCUAGAAAGCCAUCAUUCUCUGUCUUGACUUAUGAAGGUUAUGCGGUUAAUGGUGUCCGAUACUUUACAAAAGAAAGAGAUGAUGCACGUGUCGUUCAAAACAGCGGGGUGUCGUUGGUUGCUAAGACGGUUCAAGUUUCUAGUGCAAAGGAUUUGAAUCCUGUGGAAACAAAUGAGAAGGGCAUAAAGGUCGAUGAUCUUGGCUUCACACUUGUAGAUUUCAACAGACCUGGCCACAAAAAAGAUAAAUUUGUAUCGGUUGAUCAGGUUAAACAAGUGUUCUAUGUCGAAGAUCUUGUUGAUGCUGCCUGGUCUGUAGUUUUAACAUCGACGACUAGAGACUACCGUGAUGUGUACAGUGAGGAUGAUUUAGGCGACACAGUCAUGGAAAAUCCUCCAUUUUGCUAUAACAUCCCUGCAUGUGAUGUCAUUGACGAUGAUGUUCAGCAUAGUAUUAGAGAAAAUGUUGAAGGAAUUUGGGUCAAAAAAUGA